CAGCAAUUGCUCAUGUGAAGACACUGUUGAGAGCUCUGAUAACAAACACCCUAGGAAGGACAGGGGGAAAGGACUGAAAAUGGCAAACAAUACUAUGGGACUGAACAACACAAUGCAGCAGGAGUUAACAGCCACUGAAAUCUUCAAUAUAUGCAUCACUACUGUAAUCUUUGCAGUGGGUAUCAUUGGAAACGCACUUGUUAUAUACGUGACGGGCUACAAAAUGAAGACAACUGUCAACUCCAUUUGGUUUCUAAACCUGGCGAUCGCAGACUUCAUCUUCAUCUUAUUUUUAAUCCUGACCAUAUUUACCUUGAUUAACAAGAGGGUUUGGUACUUUGGUGACUUCAUGUGCAAGUUAGCCUCCUUUGUGUCAGUGCUGAACAUGUUUGCCAGCAUUUUCUUGCUCACCGCUAUCAGCCUGGACCGGUGUAUGUCCACCUGGUGGAUUGUUUGGGCUCAAAAUAAGCGAACUCUUUUCAAAGGCAGGAUCAUCUGUGCAUUUGUGUGGGUUUUAUCCAUCUGCUGCAGCAUACCGUUUGUCAUCUGCCGUUCAGGAGAGAAUAAAACAUGCAAAUACAAUCCUGGUACCAAUAUAAACUUUCUGUUCACAUACAGGUUUAUUGUGGGCUUUCUCAUCCCCUUUCUAGUCAUUGCAUCUUCAUACAUUGCUAUAGGAGUGAGGGCCAAACGUCUUAAAAGAGGGAAGAAACUUAAGCCUUUCCGUGUCAUUUUAUCAGUAAUCCUGGCCUUUUUCAUAUGUUGGCUUCCCUUUCAUCUUCAGCAGCUAAUUACUGCAAUGACAAAGGGGAAAGAUGAAUGGAGUGGCAUUCGAAAAGUAUUAUAUAAUAUAGGACCCUUUGUUGGCAGUCUGGCUUACUUCAACAGCUGUCUGAACCCCAUCCUCUAUGUGUUCAUGUGCGAGGAGUUUAAAAAGAAGCUCAAACAGUCUCUGCUGCUGGUGCUGGAGACAGCGUUUGCUGAAGAUCUGCCUUUCCGAACACGUCAGUCCACCUGCUCAGCCUUCUCAGAAUCACAAGGUCUCCAACAGCCAAACGACGCAACCUUCUCAUCUUCUGCUAGCAGCCAGGACAACAAAACAACUCUAUAGAAAAGCAGCUUUCAAUAGUCAUUCCAAGCACAAAAACAAACUCCCCACAAAACCCAUAAGGGAUUCCAUGUUUUCAUAAGAAACCCCCAUAAACUGCAGGCUUCCUUGAUAUUGCAAACAACCUAACAGAUACUAUGGGAGAACAGAAGACUAGGCCUCCCUGAAAGCCAUAUUUGAUCUAAAGACAAUCUAAGACAUAUUUCUGAUUGCUCCUGGUGAUUUCAUUCAGCCAUUUGGUCCGCUUUAGACAACAAUACCAAAGGUUUUGAGAACAACAUGAAGGAUGCCAGAUCAUGACAUGAAAAGGAUGUGAAGGAUGCCAGAUUUGUGUAAGAAACCCCUCUAAAUGUGCUUAUUUUUCCAUCAUCGCUUUAGGACUGAAAAACAACCAAUGCCUCAAUUCUGCAGGACAACUGAGGACUUGGCAACACUGAAAGCCAUAUUUGAUUAAAAAAUCUAUGGUCCUGUUUAUACAUUUUGAGAUGUGUUUUGGUGGAUUGAAUCACAAGAGAGACACAUUCACCUAGUGAAUAAUCACUCUUGUCCAAUUUUGAGCACAUUACCAAACUUUGAGGGUAUUAACAAACUCUUCACUGUGCUGCCUUGAUGCCAUUGGGGUUGCCAGGUAGGUUGUAACAAACAACCCACAAACUGCAAGUCUGUCUUUGUCUGCAAGUCGGUUUAGUUCAUUAGACUGAACAAAUUACCUGCUGCAACUGUAGAUCAUCUCUAAUGGAGGACUGAGGACUUGGCAACACUGAGUAUGUUUACAUAGACACCAUUAAUCCAAUUUUUAUAUGAUUAAGACAAUACCCUGAUUAAGAGUCUACUAUGUUAACAUUGAU